CAAAGUAACUGUUACAUUUUUGUGGCAGAUGCUGGACUUUCCAGCAGCUGUGAUAUGACAUGGAUUUGAUAUAAAUGUACAGCUCUGAAUGAGGUCAGCUUCACAACAUGAGAAGGCAGGAAAUGUGACUUCAUGCAAGCGACUUUACAGUAAAUAUAUUGGGGUAUAGCAUAGCUGUCACUAUGGCAACGAGCGCUGUUCCCAGUGACAAUCUCCCCACGUAUAAGCUGGUAGUGGUGGGGGAUGGGGGAGUGGGGAAGAGUGCGCUCACCAUUCAGUUCUUUCAGAAGAUCUUUGUCCCUGAUUACGACCCCACCAUCGAGGACUCCUACCUCAAACACACUGAGAUUGAUGCCCAGUGGGCCAUAUUGGACGUUCUGGAUACAGCAGGCCAAGAGGAGUUCAGUGCCAUGAGGGAACAGUACAUGAGGACUGGGGAUGGGUUCCUCAUCGUGUUCUCUGUCACAGACAAGGCCAGCUUUGAACAUGUGGACCGCUUCCAUCAACUCAUCCUCAGGGUGAAGGACCGGGAAUCCUUUCCUAUGGUUCUUGUGGCCAACAAAGUGGACCUGCUGCACUUACGUAAAAUACCCAGUGAUCAGGGGAGGGAGAUGGCUAGUAAACACAGUAUAGCUUACAUUGAAACCAGUGCUAAGGACCCAGCCAUGAAUGUUGACAAGGCGUUCCACGAGUUAGUUAGAGUAAUCAGGCAACAGAUUCCAGAGAGGAGCCUGAAGAAGAAGAGGAAAACCAAGUGGCGAGCCGACAGGUCCACUGUCUCCCACCGACUGCACUGUGUUGUCCUAUGAUGGUUUUUUACUUGUACAGCUGCUCCCUACAGGACAGGGGGAAGAUGAUUACAUUUAGGAGUGUUUACUCUCUACACAGAGUUCCAGGAGGCAGUUUGUACCCUCUAUCCUGGCACAUGAGUUAGGUGGAAGGGUCAGGUCCAGCAGCACAGGAGUUUCCCAGACACGGGAUGUGACUGACUCGCCCUAAAAGGACGAGUGGAAUAAUUUGACAGAGAAACUGGACAUAUGGGCUCACAAAGAUAAUCUGUAAAUAAUUAGGACAUACUGUAGCAGGGUCACACAAACAUCGUUUUACUAAGAGGUAGGCCUUUAAAACUUGGUCCUUGUUGUUUUUAAAAAGCUUUCUUGUUAUAGUCCCUAUCAUUAAGAUGGAGGCCAUUGCGUAAAGCACUGGAAGGAGGGAGGAAACUGAGAGCUUUCCCCAGUGAGGGGGAGUAUAUUAGAGAGGGGAGUGAGAGGAGGGGAGAGGAUGUGUCUGUUUGUGUUGGAAUCAGUGGGCCUGUCAGACAACAGAGAGAAGAAGGGAAAGUGAGGAAAGAGACACAGAGAGAGAAAGAGAGAUUCCAAAUGGAUAGCAUCUGGCAAAGGGACUCCAGACAUUGUGUCAAAGCCUGGGAGGCAGCCAAUGUGUAGCCCCAUAAUUUCUACAUGGAGAACGUCUUUAUAAUCUCCGAACAAGACUGUCAUAGAACUGUAUUGUAGCUUAUUGAACACACCAAAUGUCUUAUUUGAAUGUACACUUAGGAACCGUGACCAUUUUGACUUAUCAGUGCUCACUGGAUGUAGUCGUGCACUUCUCAAAACGCUUUAAACACACUAUUGUGGUGUGUUUGUGUGUGUGUGUGUGUGUGUGUGUGUGUGUGUGUGUGUGUGUGUGUGUGUGUGUGUGUGUGUGUGUGUGUGUGUGUGCGUGCGUGCGUGCGUGCACUGGAUGUGAACAUAUCCUAGACGAUGAAAUCUAAUUUUUACAUGUGAAUAUUAGAUUUCUUUGCUACUAUUUCACUAUUUAUUUUAUAUAAGUAAUUUAUUGCUGUGUUAUCAUUAGUACAAGGCUACCCCAGAGAGGCACAAAGCACAGAGCUUAACUAAGAAAUUGAUGGAACAAAAGACGUGUAGGCAAAGUAUAAAUGUGUGUUAAUAAAUGUUGUGUUCUAUUAUAUGUGUACA